AUAAAACAUUUUAAAUCUGGCAGUACAGUGCCUUGAAAAGUACAGUAGUGCCAGCUACAUCACCACUGCUUUUACGCUUGCUUCCAGACAUUCUGAGCUUGAAAUAAAGACACUGCACUACUGUCCUCUGUACAGUCCUAUCCAGUAAAGUGUACGCAAGCACAACCACUUGUAGAGGAUGCACACAUGUGACAAUGUACACCAGACAUAUGAACUAACUCACGUGAUUGGACAUGAGAACACACAUUUGCAUCUUUGAAAGUUUGAAACUUGAAGGGACGCAAACGUCCCCAGUAAAACACCCAUUGCUUAGGAGACAGGCUCGGAUGGACUAUAGCCUUGAGACCACAGCCGAAGACCCUUGGGUUAGAAUUUCUGACUGCAUCAAAAAUCUCUUUAGCCCCAUCAUGAGUGAGAGCCAUAACCACGUGCCGCUGCAGCCCGACGCCCCGCGGGGUGAGGAAGACGGGAUGCGAGGUCACCCAGACGGGGCUGCCGCGAAGCUGGACACCACGGGUGGCGGCCCCAAAGCUUACAAGCCGGCAGGCGGCAGCACCGCGAAGAAGGGCCCUCCAGUAGCCCCCAAGCCAGCCUGGUUUCGCCAAAGCUUGAGAGGUUUGAGCAAUCGUGCUCCGGACUCCAGGCGAGAGAUGGUCGCCUCCUGCCAGCCGACCCCCGCCUCCAGGGAGCGCCCCGGGCCACCCCCGCGGGCCUCGUCCUCUAUCAAGCAGAGGAUCAGCUCCUUCGAAACCUUCGGCUCCACUCACCCGCCUGACAGAGGAGCCCAGAGACUGAGCCUCCAGGCCUCCAGCUCCUCGGGUGAAGCAGCAGAACUUCCCGGGAAGCAAGAGGGAGGGCGGGCUUCUGGUCCCUCAGGGCGAGGGGCUCCCCCCACCAUGGAGCAGCAGCGGCCAGAGCCAGAGCAGCUGCCCCCCGCCUCCCCGGCCACCUCAGAGGCCAGCGACCCCAGCGUGUCGGGGCACACUGCCCUGGAACAGCAGCCCGGCCAGAAAACCCUCUCCCCCGACCCCGACCCUCUCUCAAGGCUGCUGGCGACACAGAUGGAGGGACCCCGAGGCCCAGUGGUCAAGAUGCCAAGUCAGCGGGCUCGGAGCUUCCCCCUGAGCCGGACCCAGUCCUGCGAGAUGAAGCCACUGGACGAGAAGACCAGUAAACUCUACUCCAUCAGCAGCCAGGUGUCCUCGGCUGUCAUGAAGUCCCUGCUCUGCCUCCCGUCUUCCAUCUCUCUCGGCCAGACCCCCUGCAGCCCCAAAGAAGGGGUGUUGCCUCCCGCAGCAUUCGGUGAAGACCCCACAAAUAGUUCUGCCGAAGCUCCUGCCUCAGACACCGGCUUCUCUCUCAACCUUUCGGAGCUGAGAGAAUACACGGAAGGUCUUAAUGAGUCCACGGACGCCAACGACUGUGACCACUGCACCCCUCAGCCCGGUCAAUCAGUUAUCUCCCUGCUGAGCACAGAGGAACUAAAGAAGCUCAUAGAGGAAGUGAAGGUUCUGGAUGAAGCUACAUUAAAGCAAUUAGACAGCAUCCAUGUCACCAUCUUGCACAAGGAGGAAGGGGCCGGCCUUGGGUUCAGCUUGGCAGGAGGAGCAGAUCUAGAAAACAAGGUGAUCACGGUUCACAGGGUGUUCCCUAAUGGGCUGGCCUCCCAGGAAGGGACCAUUCAGAAGGGCAAUGAGGUUCUCUCCAUCAACGGCAAGUCUCUCAAAGGAGCCACACACAAUGAUGCCCUGGCUAUCCUCCGCCAAGCUCGGGAGCCCAGGCAAGCUGUGAUCGUCACCAGGAGGCCGACUCUGGAGGCCACGACCGACCUCAACUCCUCCACUGAUUCCUCAGGCUCAGCCUCUGUGGCCAGUGACGUCUCCAUAGAAUCCACAGCAGAGGGCACAGUCUGCACAGUGACCCUGGAAAAGACCUCUGCGGGACUGGGCUUCAGCCUGGAAGGAGGGAAGGGCUCCCUGCAUGGGGACAAGCCUCUGACGGUUAAUAGGAUCUUCAAAGGGGUGGCCUCAGAACAGAGUGACACAGUCCAGCCGGGAGAUGAAAUCUUACACCUGGCCGGCACCGCCAUGCAGGGACUCACGCGGUUUGAAGCCUGGAACAUCAUCAAGGCAUUGCCUGAUGGCCCUGUGACGAUCGUCCUCAGGAGGAAGAGCCUGCAGUCCAAGGGGACCCCAGCUGCUGGAGAUCCCUAGGCCCAGCACCAGUGCAGAAGCCAGAGCCUACCACAUGCAGGUCCCCGAACUGCUAAUUCUCAGGGUCACGGCUAACCCCACCCAAUGGGGGAAUGCACAGGUGUGCUUCCCAGUGGCUGCUUGCCUAGGUCUGGACCUUCUGGGACCCCACCCAGUAAGAGGGUGGCCCCAGAAGUUAGGGCACAGUCACAGUGGGGUGGCUGAUACAAAUGACAGACUGCAUCUAGAGAGCUUAGUGAUAAUACUGUGGUGCUGUAAAUAAAAUGGAUAUAUGAUUGGACAUGAAA